AUGAACCUUCCGACUCUUCUCAUUGCCGCGGCAUCUAUCACUACCCUUGGGAAUGCCGCGUUUACUGUCACGUCUGGGACGACAAUGGCUACUAAUUCCAGCACGGAGAACGUAAAUUUUGUGAAGCAGUGGACUCUCAACUCCGCGAACGCUGGUGAUGCCAUCAGCUCCAUCGACCUAGAACUUGCUGGUCGUGUCUAUAUAAGCUACGUGAGAGGUAUACCGAGCGGCAUUCUUGGAUAUGUGAAUGUGUCGGGCGACACACAGAGUAUCGUGGAGGCUAUCACCGUCGGCAACGAUGAUAGCAAUGACAACGACCAAGAUGCUGAAAACGACCGCGAUGGAGAGCUGAAUGUGCGCCUUGGAAACAUUUCUACUACCAAUCUUAAUGGAUAUGUUCUCGCCGAAAUCAUUCUCGCUUCUAGUGGCAUCGUGACCGAUGUUAAAAGUCAUCGAUCUGGUCAAAUAGUUGUGAUGGACGGCGUUUUAGUGUCAACCAGCACCACUGCUGAGCUUCAGGUCGAAGCUAGUGGAUCCAGUGCCGUCUACGUGUCAGCGACUAGCACUGCCCUAAGUGUGCGUCAGCUGCAGCUUGAUGCUGCAGGCACUGCCAUUCUUCAAUUUAAUGUCGAAAGUGUGACAGCUACAGACGAGGUCAAAGUUGAUGCCCAGGAAUCGGCAGGUGUCUCGGUGCUAACAGGUAUGGUCCGGACGGCUACACUUGAGUUAGAAACGCAGAGCACUAGCAGUAUCUGUAUCAACGCGCAAAAUGUCACGGCGUCCAACUACGAAGGUCGGGAUGCCAGCAGAAUUUCUAUGCCGAAUGCUACCAGUCGGUACACCUCUACAGGCUCGUUCGCGUGCGAUGAGUCACUGGUACCUACACGUGAACCAGGAUGCGUCGGGAGUACAUGCGGAAACUCUACGACCCCCGGCGCCAUGGCGAAUUCCGCAGGUAAUACACCAACGACGACAGAUGAUGACAAUGCCAGUGAAGACACGAAUGCGUCGUCGUCUAAAUAUCUUGCCGCAUUGUCGAUCGCUAUGAUUGGUAUAGCUACGGUGGAGGCCUUUGCCUUCGCAUUACGCGAGGGCGAUAUCUAUCUGUCCUUACAAUCGAUGGCGACGCCAACCGAGAAUUUCGUGUUGUCAAAAGCCUCGAUGGAGACCUACACCACCAGUGAGCCCCGUCGCAAUCGCACAACGUGCGAUUCUCCACCACCAGAGGUCUGGCUCACCCGGGCACCGCACAGUCAGCUUGCGGCACAAUCGCUGCUGCAUUUAAUACACUUGGUCCUUUCCCUUAAAUAUGAUUGGCGUCGGUCCUUGCGGCAAAUAUACUGA